CACCUCGAAUACUUUUUAGCCGCUUAAAAUGUAGUGCGUGAAAAGUUUUUCUGUCUCCAUAGUAACCAAACAUGAGACAUUACAGGAGGGAUGCAGCGUGACGGCACUGCUGAAACUGCGAAAAUUAUUGAAGGAUUGUGUGUAUUAGCUUCUACCGCCGACGUUUAUAUUCCGUUCAGCUAGGUUGCGCACGGAAGAGCUUCCUCGAGAAAAUUUAGUGUCAGGCUACACAUUAAAAAAGUAGGAAUGUAAGCGAGUGAGUUAUCCGCAUGACCUAAAGUCAUCCAGCAAAAAAGAAGACAAGUAAAAUUCAUUGUUGUUCUUUCAAAGGACCAUGGUUCGAUUAACGAUUGACCUGAUUGCAAAAAGCAGCAUCCAUGUGAAGAACCGCAGAGAUGAACCACUAGAAAACUAUCUUAAGAAACUUACACACCUCAACUUUUCUAAUAAGAAUAUUGAUGAAAUUGAUGAUCUCUCUGUGUGCAGGAGCCUUACUGUGUUGUAUCUGUAUGACAACUGCAUUACUCGAAUAUCAAACCUGGGCUUUGCUUCAAGUCUCACUCAUCUAUACCUCCAAAAUAACAGUAUUAGGAACAUAGAGAACCUUUCUUCACUACACAGACUAUCAAAACUUUACCUUGGUGGCAAUUGUAUUGCUGUGGUUGAAAAAUUAGAAGGCUUAGAUGAUCUAAAAGAACUACAUAUUGAAAACCAACAGCUACCUCCAGGAGAGAAGCUGCUGUUUGAUCCAAGAACUCUCCAGUCUCUGUCAAAGUCAUUACUUGUCCUGAAUGCCAGCAGUAACGGUAUUGAUGAGUUAAAGGAGCUUGUUAUUUUGGAAAAUCUCACCCACUUUGCAGCUUCAGAUAACCAGCUCAGAGACUUGAAGGAGGUGGAGCAUGUGCUCAAGAAAUGGCACAGUCUUCAGAGAUUGGAUCUCAUUCGUAACCCUGUCUGCAUCAAACCAAAAUACAGAGACAGAAUUAUAGUGGCAUCAAAGCACCUUGAGUUUCUUGAUGGGAAAGAAGUUAAUCAAAUGGCAAGAGAAUUCCUUAUAAAUUGGAAAGCAUCUAGAGAUGGUAAAAAGAUCCCAGAAGAAAGAGGAUUAGAUGUACUUUGUCCCUAUCCAAACCCAGAUGACUUGCAAGCAAUUUAUACUCUUCUGCCUAUAAGAUAUAACCAGCCAAGUAUUCCUAGCAAGAGGUGGCCAGUGGACUCUGUUCUGAACCGUGGUUUUUUAAACUCUGUUGAUGAUCCCUUCACGAGAGAGCCUGUACUACAGAGACAACAUAAAAGAUUACUGAGCAUGAAGAAACCUCAAAGCUCACUUCCAAGACAAGCAAUUCCAGUGCCUGAGAUUGUUGGUCAAGUGGCUCUGUGACAGUGGAUGCCUGUGGAGUUCAGUCUGGGCCUUGUUCCAUGCUGGAAAUCACUGCUAAUGAGAGAAGGGGAAAUAAUGAUACCUACGUAUCAGGAGAUAGUGACACCUUCCUCUACUGAGAUCUCUGUUAGUAGAGUAGCCUUAUCACAUAUAACAGCAUGAGAACCUUUGUGCAGAGAUGGUAUGCUGUAUUCUAGGAGAACGUAGUGCUGUUCAGAUGAAGAGGAAAUGCAGUAUGUAUUUGUACACCGUCUACAAUAGCACUGAAAAACAAGUUUUAAUUAUAUGAAUUUCCACUGUACUUUUGAAAGUAUUUGAAUAUUUAAAUAAAACUCAAGUUCUCACUAA